AUGUCCAACGCUGAGGAGUACGAGCAACAGAACGUACACGAGGUCUAUCAGAAUAUUGCCCAGCACUUUUCUGCUACACGUUAUAAGCCAUGGCCUAUUGUGGAACAAUUCUUGCAAAAUCUCACACCUGGAUCCGUGGGGCUUGAUGUGGGAUGUGGAAACGGCAAGAAUUUAAUGGUUAAUCGCAAUGUCUUUAUUAUUGCAUCGGAUCGAUCGGAAAAUCUGGCCCGGUUUGCUCUUCAGCAUCAACCACAUUCAGCCGUCGUGGCCGAUAUUCUCCACCUUCCACACCGGAAUGAGAACUUUGACUUUGCAAUGUGUAUUGCCGUCGUGCAUCAUCUGUCCACCGCGGAGCGAAGAGUGCAGGCCAUUGCUGAGAUUCUGCGAACCGUGAAACGCGGUUCGGAUACGCAACCAGGCGGUACCGUCUUAAUUUAUGCCUGGGCCCUUGAGCAGAAGAAUAGUCGUCGGGGUUGGGAUAAAGGGGACCAGCAAGAUAUCAUGGUCCCUUGGGUUCGGAAGAACCCAUCGGCCCCGGAGGAAUCUCAAACGUUCAAUCGCUAUUACCAUCUGUUUGGUGAAGGCGAAUUGGAGCGAGAUAUUGAAAAUGCUGGCGGUCAUGUGGUGACGUCCGGAUAUGAGAAGGACAAUUGGUGGGCCAUCGCCACGCCCAAGGUUAACCCAUAA